UCUUCCGUCUGUCCGAGGGAAUUGCCCUCGAGAGCUGGCCAAUCUUUCCACCAAUAACCAAUAUCUUCAACUCGUCACUCUAAGUCCAACUGCAGUCCUUCCGUGGCAGCAAGGCCCAGCUUGUUGUAAAACCGGCAUUUGGUGGCAGCAGAUUAUCCGAGCUCUGCAUGAGUUCUCGGCAUGGUGGUUACCGGUGACAAAGUAUGGGAGUCAGCGGAAGGGUGUCCUUGCGGGCAUUCAAGCUCGCCCAUUCAAGCUAUUCUAUUGAACUGAAUCCGACAUCUCGGAACUUGAUGAGUUCUGUCCGCGUCUAUCGCGUAGUCCAUGUUGUCAAUUGGUGGGAAAUUAUCUAAUAUCGCGAUUGAGCUAGCUUAAUGAGUCAGCUACCCUGGUUCGUUAGAGUCCCCUGCAAAAUAACUUGCACAUCCCCGCAUCUCAUAUUUAACAGCAGUUCCUGGUUGCAGUCCUGUUCUAGUUGUUAUUUCGUUAAUGGACAGAAUGGUGCAAAUAGAACACCUCUCGUGGACCCGGGCUGUCAUCGCGAGCUUGUUGCUCGCUCCUCUUGCGGGUGCAUCCGCUACCCCACCUGUCCCCAGCAAUCACGCAUUGAACCAGCGGGGACUAUGGCCAGAUACUGCAGUAUUGGAUGGCUUUAGAUUGUUUGAAACCAAGCUUCUGCUUAAGCUUGGAUUGCCCAACCUAAAGACUGCGUUAAAUCAUUUAACUGCACAAGCGGAUGACUGGCUCACAAAAGGACCUUAUACUGUUACAAGUAAGACAAUUGUCCCCCCAGGUGGUGACAAGCAUGACUAUGCCAGUCAAGCACCAUACUGGUGGCCAAACCCUGAUACUGCGGACGGCUGUCCUUAUCUCCAACGCGACGGAAUUCGCAAUCCCGAAGUUGAUAACUACACGGAUCAUGGAGACCGAGGGGAUAUGUUCCAGUCUUCAUAUAUCCUUAGUCUCGCUUGGUACUACACUGGGAAGAAAGAAUAUGCAACGCAUGCUGCUGGUAUUCUUCGCACCUGGUUCUUGACCCCUGAGACACGCAUGAAUCCGAAUCUUAACCACGCACAAAUCAUUCCUUGUAAGAAUACUGGACGAGCUAUUGGAAUCAUCGAUUUCUCGCAACAAUAUACGGCCGUGUUAGAUGCUGCUGCCAUCCUAGCCUCUGGUGCACCUGGCUGGACUAAAACGGACCAGAGCAGCUUCCAGCAGUGGAACGUUGAGUUCCUAGAUUGGCUCGCGAACAGCCCAUUCGGCAUCGAGGAAAGUGCAGCCGCGAAUAACCACGGCACAUUUGCGUCUAUGCAGAAGGCAGGCAUUGCCGUUUUCGUUGGAAAUAAAACUGUCGCCAAGCAAGAAGCUGUCGGGAUGAAGGCUCGUAUCGAUGCCUAUAUCAGUCCCAACGGCUCGCAGCCUUUGGAACUCAUCCGAACUCGCAGCUGGCAUUACUCCACGUUCGAUCUCGUUGCAUAUACACGGAUAGCUGACAUUGGCAAGAAAGUCGGCGUCGAUCUGUGGAAGUACAAAGGACCCCAGGGUCAGAGCAUCCAGGGCGCUGUUGAUUUUAUCGUUGCGGGUGCUACUGGCGGAGCAGCCGCCUGGGUAUAUCCAGAGCUUGAGUUUUAUGGUUAUGCUGCGAGUGAUAUUGUGCAUGCCGCAGCUGACGCUGGGAACCUCAAAGCGUUAAAGGCGGUUAGUAAGUUGCAAACACCUCCUGGAGGAGACUUGUGGGCACUUCGCCCUGCAGUCGAGCAGCUCGAUGCUAUCUCGAAUUAGUCGUUGAGGAGAUCAGAUAAAGCAUCGAGGACAAGGGCAAUACGUCAAUUUAACAGCUAUUUGUGUCAAACCACCGUUGCAUCAACUAAACCCUCCCGUUGCUCAAAACCCUUUGCUACUCUAAUACAGCUGUUCAGUGAUUCCCACAGAUACUUGAGUAUCCGGGGUAUCUGGAUACUUUAUUCCGGAUACUUGCCAAGAAUAGCCAAGAGUAGCCAAGACUAUAAACUCCAACGUCACUACACCGCCGAUAGGAGGCUUUAAGAGUUGCUAUGCUGUGACUUUGCUAAUAUAAGCCAAGUUGUUGGACUUCGGGUGUGUUGAGUAGCGGAACAGCAUUGGACGAAGCAAAUCACAGGUGACGGGUACAGUGGUAUCAACAGCAUCAAUAAUAAUAUAUUAGAUAGAUAUCUAGAAUAGUAGGAUAGAUC